AUGAUAAAAUAGAUUAAAUAGUACGACGAAUUAGAAGAAUUUUCAAACUCAUCUUCACUCUAAUCUCUUUAGAUUCUCAAGGUUACUCUUAAUGGUAAGGAUAUUGGUGAUGAAGGUGCAUCAAUCUUAGGUUCUGCUUUAGCAAAUUGCACUAAUCUCUCAAAUUUGACUAUUUGGCUUACUGACAAUGAAAUUGGUGAUGAAGGAGCAUCAGCUUUAAGUUCUGGUUUAGCAAAUUGCACUAAUCUCACAAAUUUGAUACUUAUUCUUAAUAAAAAUGAAAUUGGUUCUGUUGGUGUUUCAGGCUUAAGUUCUGCUUUAUCAACUUGCAUUCAUCUCACAUACUUGACACUUAAUCUUGGUGGUAAUUAAAUUGGUGAUGAAGAUAUAUCAGGUUUAUGUUAGGCUUUAGCAAAUUGUACUAAUCUCACAAAUUUGACAAUGCAUCUUCAUUAAAUUUAAAUUGGUGCUAUUGGUUUAUCAGGUUUAGAUUAUGCUUUUAAAAAUUGCACUAAAAUUACAAAUUUGAGACUUAAUCUUAGUAAUAAUUAUAUUGAUGCUAUUGGUGUUUCAGGUUUAGGUUCUGCUUUAGCAAAUUGCACUAAUCUCAUAAAUUUAAUACUUGAACUUAGUGGUAAUAAAAUUGGUAAUGAAUGUGGAUCAGAGUUAUGCUCAGCUUUAGCAAAUUGUACAAAUCUCAAAAAUUUAACACUUUUACUAAGUUACAAUUAAAUUUAUAAAAUUGGUUCAUUACACUUAGGUUUGGCUUCAGAAAAUUACACUAAUCUAACAAAUUUGACACUUGAACUUAAUGGCAACGAAAUUGGUGAUGAAGGUGUAUCAGAUUUAUGUUUAUUUUUACAAAAUUUCACUAAUCUCUCAAAUUUGACACUUUAGCUACACAAUCUAAUUAGUGAUAAAGGUGCAUCAGUCUUAGGUUCUGCUUUAACAAGUUGUACUAAUCUCAUAACUUUGACUCUUAAUCUUAGUUGGAAUUCAAUUUGUGAUCAAGGUGUAUUAGACUUAGGUUUUGCUUUAACAAAUUGCACUAAUCUUUCAAAUUUGGAAAUUUAGAUUUAUUUCAACCAAAUCAAUGAACCAUUGAAAGUAAAAAGCAAGUAUCUUAGAUUAAAAAGAUUAGUUGUCUUUUAAAUAUGUAUCUAGUAUCGAAAAAAAUGA